AUGCGCAUCCACAAAUUAAAUUCUGGGAAACAUCUAAUUGCAUUUCUUGGCCCAACAGACCCAUUCUCCAACUUCUUUUAUUCUGAAAUUGAGAUGUCUGGAGAAAAAUUUUCAUGUGUUGAAAUGGCCUUUGUAGUAAAACGACUCAGAUUAUUAGAACUCCACUCAAUGGCAGCGGAGGCCAUGACAUUCGUACACAUGCACACACCUAAUCAAACUAACAACAAAUGGGGCGACGGCCAUCCCAGAGAACUGAAGUGGUAUGGAGCCGAAGGCCUUACUAAAGCAACACCUUACAACAGGAGCAAAGUAACAACAAAAAUGGAAAAAGACCUAAUAGAAGCAAUUGUGGAGCAGAAAUUUAGGCAGAAUGAAUAUCUUAAGAAGCUCCUAAAAGCAACAGAUGGACUUUAUAUUGUAGAGGCCUCGCCGGAUAAACGGUGGGGCAUUGGAUAUAAGAAACAUGAACAACAACAGUUGAAGGAUUAUACACCCGAAAAUAAAAAAUAUGGACAGAAUUGGAUGGGGGAAAUACUUACUAAAUUAAGAGAAAAAUUGAUUAAAGAAGAACAACAAACCAGUGAGUAA